UGUAAAAUUAUCGUCUCACGCCUUUCCUAAUAACUCAGGCAUCCAGUUAUUCGGCUGUAGUUUUUUCUGUCGUGUAUCUAGUAUGUGUUGCUGUGACUGUCACAGUGCGGAACUGUAGUGCAGGGCUCCAUGUUGUGCGCCGGGCCGGUAAAGGGACAGGACGCGGUGUGUAGCUGCUUCCUCUCCUUCUGCAGGUCACAGGACACUGUGGAGAAGGAUGCUGGGGGUCAGGUUAUUGAGGGGUGCUGUGCUGAGGCGGCCCCAGCUGUCGGUACCGUGCACCUCCUCCUCCCUACACAGCACAGCAAUCCCGGACAGUAACCAAGCUGCACUUGAAGAUAUGCCACAGAAAAUGGAAAAUCCUUUUAAAGAACCUCCUCAGAGGUGUAUCUUGUGUGGAAUCCCGGUAGACUACAAGAAUACACAGCUCCUUUCUCAGUUUGUUUCACCUCACACUGGUCGCAUUUAUGGAAGACAUAUAACAGGGUUAUGUGGUCUAAAACAAAAGGCAGUAUCAAAAGCCAUUAAAAGGGCAAUUAUUAUGGGGUUUAUGCCCGACACAUACAAGGAUCCUGCGUACCUCAAAGACCCAAAGAUUUGUGAUGUUUAAAGAAAAUGUUUUGUUAAUAAAGGAUUGUUUUUCCAAUAUUUUUGAAUAUUUAGUGAAGCUUACAAUAUAACGCUUUUAAUAUUAAAAGGAACUAAGUAUCAGAUUUUCCCAUAUAGAACAUGUUGCAAUGUGCUAUAUAUGGUUAAAUCUUCCUCAGUAAGUAAGUCUCCCCGCCGGCCCCUAAGUUGUCUCCAGGGUGGGGAGCUAUACUUACCUAGUCCAGUUGGCUGUGCUCUCUGCAUGAUCGCUCUGUCUGCUUUACUUCCAGUAUCAGAUGAGUGCAAGAAGACUAUGUUCUCACACAUUAUUUUAGUCAGUAUUGUUAGCCAAAACCAGGAGUGGAACUGACUGAUAAGGAGAAACUAA